GCAGCUCUUCGGUGCGGAAGCCCGAUCCAUUUUUCCAGGUACUUGCGGAGCGGCAGCGGGCGUUUCUCGCGCGAGAAGAAGGACACGUGUUGGCGCUUGAGCGUCAAAAUUCAGCCGUGUCCGGGACGGCGCUCCACUCGGGAAGCGGGCAACCGGGAUCGCAGCCACUAACCAGUGUGGCUUUCCUUGCUCGAACAACUGAUCUUACGGAGGAACCGGAGUGCACGGUGCCGAAAACACUGGCAACUGAGAUCCUUUUUGCUAUGAUUGCGACUCUGUACCAGACGAUGGUCGAAUCUGUCAUGGACAUCAACGCACGCAAGAUGAUUCCCUUCCGCCUUCAAACGCACGGUCUUAAUGACUUGCAGCUGCGCAUUCGGGACGGUUUGCAGAGCGACUCACUCUGGGCCAGCUUGAUUACGACUCUUAACCAGCUUCUCGGCAACAGGAGCACCUACG